AUGUCCAAAAUCGCAAUCAUGCUACAACUGAAUGGGAAUUGGGAUAACUAUGGUAGAUUUAGAGAUUUUGAAGUUGAUGCCAUUGUGGUAGAUGAGAAUGCAAGCUACAGUAUUCUGAUUUCUACAAUUGCAGAACAACUACCGAUUGAUACUUCAGAAAAAAUUGUAGAAAUCAAAUACAUGGUGAACGACAAUUGUCCCCCAAUGGAGAUUAGGAAUGAUAUGGGGGUUCGUGUGUAUAUGGAGACCAAAAAGGAGAAUAAAAACUUAGGUUCAUAUUCGUUAUGUAUAAGUGUACGAGAUUUCAAUAUGGAAUUAGCAAUCACCAACGAUAACACAAGUGCAAGUUCGUCUGGAUCCCUAAAGUUACUUGAUAUGCCAUCCUCUCCAGCUAUAGAGGAAUAUCAAAGUGAAAUAAUAACAGAAUCUACGCAAACUGCUAUUGAAGAAGGACAAGUGUAUCGGGACAAGCAAACCGUAGUUGCUGCAAUGAUGCACUUUUCUGUGAUGCACAAGUUCCAGUUCAGAGUUAAAAGAUCUAGUCAUAGAAGCUGCUGGCUUGUAUGCGUUGGUGAAAACUGUAAAUGGCACUUCAAGGCAACGUCAAUUAAUGAUUCUGCAAUGUUCAAGAUAAGGAGUUUCAACCGACAACACACAUGCUCCUUAAUGGACGAAACAUUCAUACAGCGCAAACGUACUGUAGUUGUAGUUGGUAGCAUGGUCAUUCGAAAGUAUUGUGAUCCUAAGACUGUUUACACACCACAGGACAUACAAACUGACAUGUUAUCCGAACACGGAGUGAAUCUAAGCUACAUGCAAGCAUGGAGAGCAAAAGAAAAGGCUUUACAGCCUGUAGUAGUAGUUGAUGAGACAUUUUUAAAGUCAGCCUACAGGGGGAUUAUGCUGACAGCAAGCACCAUGGAUGCAGCAGGUACAAUAUUGUCCUUGGCAUAUGCUGUGGUUGAUUCUGAAAAUGACGAAUCUUGGAAGUGGUUCUUUGAGCAAUUCAAGCAGGCAUAUGGUGAAAGAACUUCAAUCACGGUCAUACACUCUGAUGAAUUUAAUGAAAGGAUGUCGAAGGUUGAAGAGGUAGACCCGCGUGUGAAAUCUUACCUAUAUGAUAUUGGCUAUCAUAGAUGGUCAAGAGUACAUGCAACUAUGAAUAGAACGUGGACAAUGACAUCAAAUAUUGCAGAGUUGUUGAACGCUGUAACAAAAGAUGCAAGAGAGCUGCCGAUAUUUGACCUUUUAGAGUAUAUGCGGACACUGCUAGAAUGUUGGACCAACGAGAAGUUAUUGAAGGCAAAAGGUACUUUUACAUUUCUUGGGUCCAAAUUCAACAAAGAAUUAGAGAACAACAGAACAUUAUCUCAGAAGCUUAGGGUGAGGGCUUCAACAGAUCAUAUACAUACUGUGUUAGAUGGUGUGAAGGGGUACAUUGUGUGUCUAGAAAACAAGAAAUGUAGCUGUGGCCAAUUCCAACUUGAAGAACUUCCAUGUGCGCAUGCUUUGGCAGCAUUAAGGCACAGGAAUGAAACAUAUGAAAACUAUUGCUCUCCAUAUUACACAAGGGAGAGCCUUUUGCGUACGUAUGAAAUACCAGUAAAUCCUCUUCCUGAUGAAAGCAAAUGGAAUGUGCCGCAACAUAUUUUGGAUGAGGUAGUAAAUCCACCGACGGGAGAUAAAAGGCAGCCAGGGAGACCUCAAAGGAAAGAUAUAAAACAUAUGAUGAAAUAA